GGCAUCCGUGGCCAAGUCCAGGCUGGCAAGAAGCAGGUGGGGCACUCUGUCUCUGGCAACUCAGUUGAAGCCAUUCCAGAGAGGGCCAGGCCACCAGAAAAUUCACCUGCCCGUGCUGUCUGUUGGCCAUGAGUGAGCUCUCUUCUCUUACCGUAGAUGGGGCCUCGGAGCCCCAAGCACAUGGAAAUCACCAGAGCUCCCUAGAGGAAGAUCCUACAGAAGCCUCCAGGACUCGUCACAGCCUAAGUGUCCUGCAUAUCUCCUACAGCGUCAGCUAUUCUGUCGGGCGCUGGUGGGACAUCUCAUCUUGCUGGCAGCGAUGGAACAGGCAGAUCCUCAAAGACAUCUCCUUGUAUGUGGAGAGUGGGCAGAUCAUGUGCAUCUUAGGGAGCUCAGGCUCAGGGAAAACCACGCUGCUGGAUGCCGUAUCCGGGAGGCUUCGGCGCACCGGCACCCUCCUCGGGGAGGUGUCUGUCAACGGCAGGACGCUGCGCCGGGACCAGUUCCAGGACUGCUUCUCCUACGUCACGCAGCUGCGCUACACUGCGAUGCUGACCACGCGACGCCGCUCCGCCGACGCCCUCCGGAGGAAGGUGGAGGCCAUCAUGGCAGAACUGCAUCUGAGCCAUGUGGCAGACCAAGUGAUUGGCAACUAUAACUUUGGGGGCAUUUCCAGUGGCGAGCGGCGCCGGGUCUCCAUGGCAAUCCAGCUCCUGCAGGACCCCAAGAUCAUGUUAUUUGAUGAGCCGACCACAGGCCUGGACUCCAUGACUGCGAAUCAGAUCGUCUUCCUCCUGACUGAGUUGGCUCACAGGGGCCGCAUCGUGAUCCUCACUAUCCACCAACCUCGCUCUGAAUUCUUCGAGUACUUUGACAAAAUCGCUAUCCUGACCUUCGGAGAGUUGGUUUUCUGUGGCACCCCAGUGGAGAUGCUCGAUUUCUUCAGUGGCUGUGGUUACCCUUGUCCUGAGCAUUCCAACCCUUUUGACUUCUAUAUGGACCUGACAUCGGUGGAUUCUCAAAGCAAAGAACGAGAAAUAGAAACCUACAGGCGAGUCCAGAUGCUUGAAACUGCCUACAAAGAAUCAGCAAUCUAUCACAGAAUUUUGGAAAAUAUUGACAGAACAAAGCUCCUGAAGAACUUACCAAUGGUUCCUUUCAAAACUAAAGAUCUUCCUGGAACUCUCUGUAAACUGGGUGUCCUCCUGAGGAGAGUGACAAGAAACUUCUCAAGAAAUAAGCAAGCAGUGAUUAUGCGUCUCCUUCAGAAUCUGAUCAUGAGUUUGUUCCUCUUAUUCUUCUUCCUGCGGGUCCAGAACGAUAUGCUAAAGGGUGCUGUCCAGGACCGCGUGGGUCUCCUGUACCAGUUGGUGGGCGCCACCCCAUUCACAGGCAUGCUCAACGCUGUGACGCUGUUUCCUAUGCUGCGAGCCGUCAGUGACCAGGAGAGUCUGGAUGGCCUGUAUGAGAAGUGGCAGAUGCUGCUGGCCUACGUGUUGCACAUCCUCCCCUUUAGCAUCGUUGCCACUGUGCUUUUCAGCAGUGUCAGCUACUGGACUCUGGGCUUAUAUCCUGAGGCUGCCCGAUUUGUAUAUUUCUCUGCUGCUCUCUUGGCCUCCCACUUAAUUGGUGAAUGUUUAACUCUUGUGCUACUUGGAAUGAUCCAAAACCCAAAUACUGUCAACAGUAUAGUGGCUCUGCUGAGCAUUGCUGGGUUGCUGGUUGGAUCUGGAUUUGUCAGAAGCACAGAAGAAAUGAACUAUGUUUUUAAAGUCUACAGCUAUUUUACAUUCCAAAAAUACUGCUGUGAGAUCCUCACAGUCAAUGAGUUCUAUGGACUGAAUUUCACGUGUGGCAACUCAAAUAACUCUGUGAUAAAUAAACCAUUGUGCGCUAUCGUUCAAGGAAUUCAGAUCAUUGAGAGAACCUGCCCAGGCGCAACAUCCAGAUUCACAACGAACUUUCUGAUCUUAUAUGCAUAUAUCCCAGUUCUGGUCCUCCUAGGAAUAGUUGUUUUUAAAAUAAGGGACCAUCUCACCAGCAGAUAG